AAUUAUUAAUUGUGAAUCUCAAGGCAAAAAGAAGAAGCAUCCGCAUUGGUGAAGAUUUGACACGUCAAUUGUAUUUUUCACAAUACAUGUUUUUGCGAUAAUUUAUAAAUUUCGAGAAUUAACCAAAAGUUUGAGCAACAAUCAUGGCGUUGGCUGAGGGACCUUGCUAUACAAUAAUUAACUCUCCGGACAUCGAGGUGCCGAACGAGAUGCAGCUUAAACAAGACCUCGAAAAGGGCGACACCAAUGUUAAAAUCGAAACCCUAAAGAAAGUUAUACAAAUGUUGUUGAAUGGAGAGCGUUUGUCUGGAUUGAUUAUGACCAUUAUCAGAUUCGUACUGCCCGUACAAAAUCAUCAAAUCAAAAAACUAUUACUCAUCUUCUGGGAGAUCGUACCGAAGACUUCCGCCGAUGGCAAACUUCUGCAAGAAAUGAUACUCGUGUGCGAUGCUUAUCGCAAAGACUUGCAGCAUCCAAAUGAGUUUUUGCGGGGUUCAACUUUGCGUUUCUUAUGCAAGUUGAAGGAGCCUGAGCUAUUGGAGCCACUCAUGCCAGCCAUACGAGCGUGCCUCGAACAUCGUCAUUCCUACGUACGUCGAAAUGCAGUUUUAGCCAUUUUCACCAUCUACAAAAAUUUCGAUUGGUUGGUGCCAGAUGGACCUGAGUUGAUUGCUAACUUCUUGGAAACUCAGCAAGAUAUGUCUUGCAAGCGCAAUGCGUUUCUGAUGCUGUUGCAUGCAGAUCAAGAGCGUGCACUCAACUAUCUGGCUUCUUGCAUUGACCAAGUAAACAAUUUUGGUGAUAUUCUACAACUGGUCAUCGUCGAGCUUAUUUAUAAGGUUUGCCAUGCCAAUCCAUCUGAACGCUCCCGUUUUAUACGCUGCAUUUACAAUUUGCUUAACUCGUCAUCAAACGCCGUGCGCUAUGAAGCUGCUGGUACCCUUAUUACACUAUCUUCCGCUCCAACCGCUAUACGGGCAGCAGCCAGCUGCUACAUUGAGUUGAUCGUCGGCGACAGCGACAACAAUGUUAAACUUAUCGUUCUGGAUCGAUUGGUUGCUAUGAAGGAAAAUGAAAACAUGGAGAAAGUAAUGCAAGAUUUGGUCAUGGAUAUAUUGCGAGUUUUAGCAGCACCUGACAUUGAAGUGCGCCGCAAGACCUUGGCUUUGGCAAUGGAUUUAGUUUCAUCACGCAACAUCGAAGAAAUGGUGCUGGUGCUUAAGAAAGAAGUAUCCAAGACUCACAAUGUUGAACAUGAAGACACCGGCAAGUAUCGUCAAUUGCUUGUGCGCACACUACACACUUGCUCCAUUAAAUUCCCAGAUGUGGCAGCAAAUGUAAUACCGGUACUGGUCGAAUUUCUUUCCGACACAAAUGAGUUAGCUGCUGCCGAUGUAUUAAUUUUUAUUCGCGAAGCUAUACAGAAAUUUGCUGCACUGCGUGCACUUAUUAUUGAGCGCCUAAUUGAAGCAUUUCCACAAAUAAAAUCUUCGAAAAUUCACCGCGCUGCAGUCUGGAUAUUAGGUGAAUAUGUUGAUAACAAAGAGCAAGUAGUGGAAGUCACAGAAGCUAUUAUUCAAACUUUGGGCGAGGUACCGAUGGUGGAGGCCGAGCAAAAGCGUCUGGCCGGUGAACAAACGGAUGAAGGUGACAAGGCUGCCGAAGGCAACAACGCUAUUUCUUCAAGCAAUAAAGUAACUUCUGAUGGUACAUAUGCUACACAAAGCGCAUUCAGCCUGGCACCUGUGGCCAAGAAAGAGAAGCGUCCACCACUACGGCAAUAUCUAAUGGAUGGUGAUUUCUUCAUAGGUGCUGCCUUAUCGGCCACACUGACUAAGCUUGCACUACGUUACGCAGAACUAGAAAAUGAUGAGCGUCAGCAAAAUCGCUUGACCACACAAGUGAUGCUCAUUAUGAGUUCCAUUUUGCAUCUUGGCAAGUCAGGCUUUCCAACCAAGCCUAUUACCAAUGAUGACAUUGAUCGCAUUUUCAUUUGCUUGCGCACACUGAGUGAGCGCACAAAAGAGGCUGUAGAAGUAUUUCAACAUUAUUGUCGCGAUGCACUUGGAAAAAUGUUGGAUGCCCAACAUGAAGAGGAUCAACGCAUUUUGAAAGAAAAGCAACGUGCUGCUGCUAAGGUACAACCGGACGACCCGGUCGCAUUUGCACAACUAUCAAAUGGGCGUGACAAUCAGUUGGGCGAAAAUGUUUUUGAGACUAGUUUGAAUCAAGCAUUGGCAGGCACCAAAUCCACCAACUUGAGCGACAUCACUUCGCCAAAUAACAAACUCAACAAAGUAACACAAUUGACCGGCUUCUCCGAUCCCGUAUAUGCUGAGGCUUAUGUUAAUGUCAACCAAUAUGACAUCGUUUUGGAUGUAUUGAUAGUUAAUCAAACAAAUGACACUCUACAAAAUUGCACAUUGGAACUGGCCACUUUGGGUGACUUAAAACUGGUUGAACGGCCACAUCCUGUAGUCCUGGCACCCCAUGAUUUUUGCAACAUAAAAGCAAAUGUAAAGGUAUCAUCUACAGAGAACGGAAUUAUUUUUGGCAAUAUCGUUUACGACACAAGUAUUAAUACAAAUGUUGUUGUGCUGAACACUAUACAUAUUGACAUUAUGGAUUACAUCAUACCCGCCUCUUGCACUGAUACUGAGUUCAGGCAAAUGUGGCAAGAUUUUGAAUGGGAAAAUAAGGUAACAGUAAAUACAACGUUCACCGAUUUACAUGAAUAUUUGAAACACCUAUUGAAGAGCACCAAUAUGAAAUGUUUGACACCGGAAAAGGCACUCAGUGGUCAAUGUGGAUUUAUGGCCGCUAAUAUGUACGCAAAAUCGAUUUUUGGCGAAAAUGCUCUUGCCAAUCUAAGUAUCGAAAAGCCCGUGGACGAUCCAGAUUCUAAGGUCACUGGACACAUACGCAUUCGUGCUAAAAGUCAGGGCAUGGCACUCAGCUUAGGCGAUAAGAUCAGCUCAUCACAGAAGCAAUCAGUGCAAGCCGCUUAGAUGCCGAUAGAUGUUGCAACAUAUUUUUUAAGCUUGAGCUCUUAGUGUAUUCGUUGGAUUUUUUGUUUUGAUAGGGAAUUAAAGUAAAAUAUUUUUCCAUACAUACAAACAAUUGCACUACAGACAUACCUUUUAUGUGUUGAUGGAAAGUGCGCGAAUAGGAAAGCGAACGCAACUUUCUAGAUAUAUGUGAAGGAAAUUUGGUGUAGUAUAUCCUUUCUAUAAAAAAAAACAAAAAAAAAAACUUAUAAUUCCAGCUAUUAAAUAGUAUAAAAUACGACCAAUUACUUUGUUUUAUGUUUUUGAAUAUCGCAUUACGUGUACGAGUUUGUUUACAUACAUACACCGUUUAUUAUAUAUACAUACAUACAUUUAUCAACAAUAAAAGGUUAAUGAAAGUUA